AUGCACAACCCCACUAGGUUUCAGCUGAUAUUACGCCAGGCCUACCGCAACGCCACAACUGGAGCAAAGGUGGCGCCCACACCGGCGCAGAUUCGCCAGCAGCUUCUAGACCAGUACCAGACGCUGGUGUACACAAAAUACUUUGAUCCCGCCGCCAUCGAGGCAUCGCCAGUGCUCACCGUGGAUGAUUUGACGUCGCCAAUCCCCAACCGCAAAGUCGUCAUUGGCGGCCAAGAGCUUUCGCGGGACAGGGUCCAAUCAGUUAUUGACACUGUCAAACAGCUGUACUUACACAGCAAGCCCGAUACCAUUGAUGAGGAAAACGCCACAUUAAAAGAGCUUCAACAGAAUGUGUUUGGCGUGAAACCGCUUGACCACUAUCACCUGGCCAAUCUUGAUGACGUCGUCGAUGCUGAUUUCAUUAAAGCCAUGAUGUUUAUUGCCAACCUCAAAAUCAACAAGUACAAUACGUUACACCCUAACCACCAUAUUGAGAUGCCUUUGAAGGUGGGGAUUGAGGACUUCCCCGUGAUGUGGCACUAUGACAAUUUGGAUGAAGCCGUCAAGGAAAUCAGAGGGCUCAAGCUGGAACAGAUGGAUAUGCUCCCGUUGAAGUUGGUGAUCCCGUGGGUGAAAAUGUCGUUGGCUACAAAGUUGUUUGAGCAAAAGCUUGAUCGUAUGCAGCAAAUGAAGGACGAACACGGUGAGGCAGGAACUGUGGAACAAGACUUCCUACAAGCUUUGGCUGAUCACACCAACAAGGCGAAACCAUAA